AUGGCGUACAUCCAGUUGGAACCAAUAAAUGAGGGUCUGCUCGCCAGGAUCUCGGAUCUCUUGCUGUGCCGCUGGACUUGUAGGAAUUGUUGUCAGAAGUGUUUCGACUGCAGCUGUUGUCAAACAAAUGAAGAUGAAGUUGAAAUCCUGGGACCUUUUCCUGCUCAAACUCCAGCCUGGCUGAUAAGCAGCCAAAAUGAGGAGAAAGAUGGAGACUCUGAUAAUACAAUCAGUGAGCUGCCUCCCACUCUUCAGGAUGUUUCCCCUGACAGAAGGCGGUCGUCUUCAGAUGCAUCACGGUCCACUUACAGCCUCACCAGGAGGAUUUCAAGUUUAGAGUCGAGGAGGCCAAGUUCUCCAUUAAUUGACAUUAAACCUAUUGAAUUUGGGAUAAUAGGAGCUAAGAAAGAAAUAGUUCAGCCAACUAUCCUGCGAAAAACCUAUACCCCGGAUGACUAUUUUAGAAAAUUUGAACCAAGACUGUACUCUCUUGACUCGAACAGUGACGAUAUGGACUCCUUGACAGAUGAGGAGAUCUUAUCCAAGUACCAGCUGGGGAUGCUGCAUUUUAGCACGCAGUAUGACCUGUUGCAUAACUAUCUAAUAGUGCGAGUCAUUGAGGCUAAAGACCUGCCUCCCCCAAUUUCUUAUGAUGGUUCAAGGCAAGACAUGGCUCACUCCAACCCCUACGUGAAGAUCUGCCUUCUUCCUGAUCAGAAGAACUCCAAGCAGACCGGAGUCAAACGUAAAACGCAGAACCCAGUGUUUGAAGAGAGGUACACAUUUGAAAUCCCUUUUUUAGAAGCCCAGAGAAGAACUCUGCUUUUAACUGUAGUGGAUUUUGACAAAUUCUCACGGCAUUGUGUUAUUGGCAAAGUCUCAAUGCCCUUGAGUGAUGUAGACCUUGUGAAAGGAGGACACUGGUGGAAAGCCCUUGUGCCUAGUUCUCAGAAUGAAGUGGAGCUGGGAGAGCUGCUGUUGUCACUAAACUACCUACCCAGUGCAGGAAGACUGAACGUGGACAUCAUUAGAGCAAAACAACUUCUUCAGACAGACAUGAGCCAAGGUUCAGAUCCCUUUGUGAAAAUUCAGCUUGUUCAUGGAUUAAAGUUAACAAAAACCAAGAAGACCUCUUGCAUGCGGGGGACAAUAGAUCCCUUCUACAACGAGUCCUUCAGCUUCAAGGUUCCACAGGAAGAACUGGAGAAUGCCAGCCUUGUGUUCACAGUGUACGGACACAACGUGAAGAGCAGCAAUGACUUCAUUGGGAGGAUCGUGAUCGGGCAGUACUCCACGGGAGCCCCCGAGUCCAACCACUGGCGCCGGAUGCUCAACGCGCACCGGACAGCCGUGGAGCAGUGGCACAGCCUGCGGUCCCGGGAGGAGUGCGACCGCGUCUCCCCGGCAUCCCUGGAGGUAACAUGAGGUGGGGACCCAACAGCAGCCAGGCCAAGCCAGGCGGACGGGGAGAGAGAAAAAACAAAAGUAAUCACCAACUGAAACACCCCACCUCACACCCUACAUGCACCCCACAGCAGCUCCGUUGGAUUGAAGCGGCUGCCGGCGCCCAGCUGGCCACGCCGGCCUCUGCCGACUGCGUCCCACUGGCCGGAGCUCUUGAUGCUGGCACCCGGCACCGCGUGGCUGCUGGCACCGGCACUGUGUGGCUGCAGGCACCGCGUGGCUGCUGGCACCCAGCACCACGUGGCUGCUGGCACCCGGCGUGGCUGAGCCCGUGGGCUGUGUGCGGAGGUGCCGCAGGAAGUGCUGAGCUGGUGGAGGAGUUGGGAGUUGCCUCCCCUGUCCUUCAGUCCAAAUCCAUGGCUCAUCCUCUCGGAGAUAUAAGUACCCAUGUGCUCUCGUUGGUGAACGUGGUCAUUAGGCUAGAAUAUCUUUUUAAAUGGUAGAACCCGUGGUGAAAUCGAUUCUGGCUCCAGUUUUGUCCUUGUACUCGUUUUAACAGAAUUAAGCUCCUGUUAGUACCUACGUGUGCAUUUGUGUGCCAGGGCAGGCACGAGCGUGUGGUCGUGCAGCCCCGUGUCAAAU